UAAUCUAUCUCUCUCCUCACUCACUCUCACUCUCACACAAAAAAAAGAAAGAAAAAAUGUCUCACAUUUCAAAACCUCUCAUCUUUACCAUAACUCUCUUCAUCUUCUUCCUCUGCAACUCAGUUUCGCUCACAUGUUCAUCAUCACUCUCCCUUCAUUUCCCUCUCACAUCUCUCCGUCUCACCCCAACCACAACAAACUCCUCUUCCUUCAAAACUUCUCUCAUCUCUCGCCGGAACCCAUCUCCGUCGUCGUCAUCUCCACCGUACACUUUCCGAUCAAACGUCAAAUACUCGAUGGCUCUAGUCCUCUCUCUCCCCAUAGGAACACCAUCUCAGUCUCAAGAACUGGUUCUUGACACGGGAAGCCAACUCUCAUGGAUCCAGUGCCAUCCCAAGAAGAUCAAGAAACCACCAACGACGUCGUUCGAUCCUUCUUUAUCUUCAUCGUUCUCCGACUUGCCUUGCUCUCAUCCUCUUUGUAAACCAAGAAUCCCCGAUUUUACCCUUCCCACUUCUUGCGACUCGAACCGUCUCUGUCACUAUUCUUACUUCUACGCUGAUGGAACCUUUGCUGAGGGUAACCUCGUCAAAGAAAAAUUCACUUUCUCAAAUUCUCAAAUUACCCCUCCUUUAAUCCUUGGUUGCGCUAAAGAGUCUGCAGACGAAAAGGGUAUUUUGGGAAUGAAUCUUGGUCGUCUCUCUUUUAUCUCGCAAGCCAAGAUAUCUAAAUUCUCUUAUUGUAUCCCAACCCGGUCGGAUCGUCCCGGUUUAGCCUCAACCGGUUCUUUUUACCUCGGAAAUAACCCGAAUUCUCGUGGUUUCAAAUACGUCUCUCUUUUGACUUUUCCUCAAAGUCAACGCAUGCCGAAUCUAGACCCUCUAGCUUACACAGUACCUUUGCUUGGGAUCAGAAUCGGACAAAAGAGACUCAACAUACCAGCUUCUGCUUUUAGACCCGACGCUGGCGGGUCGGGUCAAACCAUGGUGGAUUCGGGUUCAGAAUUCACUCACUUAGUCGACGUGGCGUAUGAUAAGGUCAAAGAAGAGAUAGUGAGGCUUGUGGGAUCAAGGUUAAAGAAAGGUUACGUGUACGGUUCAACAGCUGACAUGUGUUUCAAUGGGAACAUCGGACGGUUGAUAGGAGAUCUCGCGUUUGAGUUUGGGAGAGGUGUUGAGAUUCUCGUUGAGAAACAGAGGCUUUUAGUUGACGUUGGACGUGGUGUACAUUGUGUCGGGAUCGGACGGUCAAGUAUGCUUGGUGCAGCUAGUAAUAUAAUCGGGAACGUUCAUCAGCAGAAUCUAUGGGUUGAGUUUGAUGUUACCAAUAGGAGAGUUGGUUUCAGUAAAGCCGAGUGUAGCAGAUCAUCGCCGUGAGAAGAUUUGUGUGAUUAUAAUAAUCGUUGGAUGAUGUUUGAUCGGACGGUGUAUAUUAUUUUAUAUCAGUGUUUUGAAAACUGGGGUUUGUGGGUCUGUCUUUAGGACUAGAAGGACAUCUGUCUGAAGCAAAACCUCUCAUCGUCAAAAAAAAAAGAAAAAAAAAAACCUCUCAUCUUUAUUAAGCUCAUGGAAUAUGUAUCAAUAUGUAUGUAUGUACUAUAAUAAUUAAAAGAGUUGAUAUGUGUUAAUUA